CUUUUCUCUCUCCAUAGAUCAGAACUCAUUCAUCUCCAUGAAAACUACCUCCCUCCUCAUUCAUCUCUCUCUUCUAACAAAAAAACUCACCACCACUUUGUUCAGAUCAAAGAAAUUCGGAACAAAUCUAAAGAUGUCGAUAUGGGGGUUUACCAGAUCUAUCUCGUUUGCCGAUAUGGGGUGGUUUUGCCGGUGCACUUAGGGUUCGUUUGAGGUUCAGAUCUAAACUUUGGUGAUGAAGAAUCAGAUCUCAAAGAGAGGCUGAAGUUUACAGAUUGGGAGGAAUGGGAAUUGAGAAAAUAUUAAAGGGUCGAAUCAAGUCAAGCCACAGGUAGAGGUUGACUUCAAAUUGGCAACCAAAGAGCAUGAAGACUCAAUUUCAGAAGAGGCUCAGAUUACAGAGGUUGGUUCUUCAUUUUCAUGUAUUCAAGCUUAAAUAAAUUUGAUGUGUUGUUUGAGAGUAGGGUUGUUGAAGAUCCUCAUAAUAUUGUUCCACAUAAUCUUUCACCUGUUUUUGCAUUUAAUGAAGAUGAAGAUGCAUUGUUUGAGAGUAGGGUUGUUGAAGAUCCUGAACCUAAAUAUUGUUCCACAUAAUCUUUCACCUAUUUUUGCAUUUAAUGAAGAUGAAAAUGCAUUGUUUGAGAGUAGGGUUGUUGAAGAUCCUGAACCUAAAUAUUGUUCCACAUAAUCUUUCACCUGUUUUUGUAUUUAAUGAAGAUGAAGAUGCAUUGUUUGAGAGUAGGGUUGUUGAAGAUCCUGAACCUAUUUCUUCAGAGUUUCCAGUUCUGAAUCAAAAUGGCACAAAUGAUGAUGAAGAUGGUGUUCAGAAUUGUACUUUUGCACAGUUCCAUACAACAUCAGAUUCAGAUCUGGUUCAAGUGGUGGAGGUGACGGUGGUUCCUCCUGCCGGAAAACCACUUAGUAGCUACUUGGCGGUGUGGUCCAUGAGUGACGUGAAGCAUGGUGUGGUUCAUAUGACGGUUCGAUGUUUCAGAUUACGAGGUCGAUGUUGAACAACUGGUUAAGAUCUGAAGCAUUUAGUUCUUGUUUUCUGGAUAUGUUGUUUUUUAUUACUGAUGUUUUCAUUUUUUUUUGUGUAAAACUUGUUUUCAGAUCUGAACAAAUGGAAACAAUUUAAUUUAAGUUCU